CACAUUCUGUGACUCCAGUAUAACGUCACCUCAGAAAACAACCCUGAGCGGGACCAGGACCAGGACAAAAUGGCUGCUUCUCAGGAGCUUGUAUUUUUCCUGACUUUUCGGUGACAAAGGACAUCAGAGAGGCCUUUUCAGCAGUUCCUGGUCCUUUUGAUUGUGAGUGUUGUGUGUGCUGAUUAAGGGCCUGUGCGGAUACAUUUGAAGGCACAUUCUGUGACUCAAACAUAUCGUCACCUGAGAAAACAACCCUGAGCAGGACCAGGACCAGGACAAAAUGGCUGCUUCUCAGGGCCCGCUGACCUUCAGGGAUGUGGCCGUAGACUUCUCUCAGGAGGAGUGGGAAUGCCUGGACCCCGCUCAGCAGACAUUGUACCUGGAUGUGAUGUUGGAGAACUACAGGAACCUAGUCUCCCUGGGUGAAGAUGACUUCCUUCCAGAGCUCCUCCUCCAGCAGCUGGCCAUGUCAUCUGAAGACAACCAGGCCUUGUGGGAAAAGCCGGGAAUACAAGAUAAAUUGUCUGAGAUAAUACUGAGUACAUGUAAUGGAGACAGACCUUAUCAAUUCAAUGAACUUUGGAAAAACUUCAACCAGAAGACAAGUUCUACUAAAUGUGAGAAAACGUACGUUGUAGAGAACCCUUAUAGAUAUGGAAAAGUCUUUGACCAAAUAUCAGAUCACAAUAUAUAUCAGGUUAUCUGUAUUGUGGAGAAAACAAAAAAACAAAGUCAGUGUAUCAAACCAUUUAAUUUAUCUUUAAAUAACACUUUACAAGAGGAUAUUCAUUCCAGGGAGGAGGCUUACAAAUGGAAUUUCUGUGGGAGAGUUAUCAGUGAAAUAUUUAGUCCAAACAGACUGAAAAUUUUUGAUACUGGAAAAAAACGACAUGAAUGUAAAUCUGGUGGGAAAACAUCUAAUUGGCUUUUGGAUUUUAUGCUAAAUCAGACAGUUCAGACUGCAGAAUCGCCUUAUAAGUGUGAAGCAUGUGGCAAAGCCUUUAAGUGGCAUUCAGAUCUCACUGCACAUGAGAGAAGAAUCCAUACUAGGGCAAUACUUGACAAGUGCAAGGAAUGUGCAAAAGACAUUAGUCAGUGUUCAAAACAUAUUCACCAUGAGAAGAUUCUUAAUGCAGAGAAGUCUUAUAAAUGUUCAGAAUGUGACAAAGUCUUUGUCUCACAUUCAAAUCUUGGUCAUCAUCAGAGAGUUCAUACUGGAGAGAAACCAUACAAAUGUAGGAGAUGUGGGAAAGCCUUUGGGCACUCCUCAGCCCUUACUGUACAUGAGAGAAUUCAUACUGGAGAUAAGCCUUUUCAAUGUAGAGAGUGUGGCAAAGCAUUUAUUCAGUCUUCAAAGCUUAUUAAGCAUCAGAGAUUUCAUACUGGAGAGAAACCUUAUAAAUGUGGAGAAUGUGGAAAAGCCUUUAACCAACUCUCAGAACUUACUUUCCAUGAGAAAAUUCAUUCUGGAAGGACACCUUACAAAUGUAUGGAAUGCGAGAAAGCAUUCAGUGCGCCCUCAGCCCUUACUUUUCACAGGGUUCAUACUGGAGAAAAGCUUUACAAAUGUACAGAAUGUGGCAAAUCAUUUGGCCAGUCCUCAGGUCUUACUCAACAUCACACAAUUCAUACUAAAGAGAAGCCUUAUAAAUGUAGAGAAUGUGGCAAAGCCUUUACUCAGUCUUCAUACCUUAUUAGGCAUCAGAGAGUUCAUACUGAAGAAAAACCUUAUAAAUGUACAGAAUGUUGUAAAGCCUUUAGGUACACAUCAGGCCUUAGUGUACAUCAGAGAAUUCAUACUGGAGAGAAGCCUUAUAAAUGUGGAGAAUGUGGCCAAGCAUUUAUCCAGUCCUCAGCCCUUAUUUAUCACCACAGGGUUCAUACUGGAGAAAAGCCUUAUAAAUGUACAGAAUGUUGUAAAGCCUUUAGGCAGGGCUCACAACUUAUUGUGCAUCAGAGAAUUCAUACUGGAGAGCAGCCUUAUAAAUGUAGAGAAUGUGGCAAAGCCUUUAGCCAUUCCUCAAGUCUUACUCAACAUCAGACAAUUCAUACUAAAGAGAAGCCUUAUAAAUGUAGAGAAUGUGGGAAAGCAUUUAGUCAGGCAUCAACCCUUGCUGUACACGAGAGACUUCAUACUGGAGAGAAGCCGUAUAAAUGUGGAGAAUGUGGCAAAGCAUUUAUUCAGUCUUCAAAGCUUAUUAAGCAUCAGAGAAUUCAUACUAAAGAAAAACCUUAUAAAUGUACAGACUGUUACAAAGCCUUUAGGCAGAAUUCGCAUCUUAUUGUGCAUCAGAGAAUUCAUACUGGAGAGCAGCCUUAUAAAUGUACGGAAUGUGGCAAAGCCUUUAGCCAUUCCUCAAGUCUUACUCAACAUCAGACAAUUCAUUCUAAAGAGAAGCCUUAUAAAUGUAGAGAAUGUGGCAAAGUAUUUAGUCGGUCCUCAGCCCUUACUGGACAUGAAAGAAUUCACACUGGAAAGAAUCCUCAUUAAUGUGGAGAAUGUGGAAGAACCUUUAACUUGCCCUCAAAACUUAAUAUCCAUCAUAAAAUUCUUACUGGAAAAAUAGCUUACA